CUCCCAGCCCAGAGCAGUGCGUUUCAUACGAGCAGGUAUCGGUGCCCCAGGGCUUGAGCUGUGAGCGAUGCAGAGAGCUAACAGGAAGCCGGGGCUAUAAGUGACACGUGGAAAGAAAGUUUGAGUGAAACAGAUCCCUCCCAGCUGCAGAGAAGUCUCAGCUCCGCUCCCCGGCAACUUCCCGAUGGCAUCAACAUCCCUGGGGGGCAAGAUCGCGGGCUACCAGGGCCAACUGCUGGGCGGUGAUGUGCAAAUCCUAGAGCGGCUACGGAGGAGCAGCAGAGACCCCUUUUGGUCCAGGUGGGAAUCCCGAGUUUGGACUGCGACCCUCCUGGUGGGAACAUGUCUCCUGUACUGUGCCCGUGCCAACAUGCCAAUCUGUGCUGUAGCCAUGAGCGAGGACUUUGGUUGGAACAAGCGUCAGUCGGGCAUUGUCCUCAGCAGCUUCUUCUGGGGUUACUGUCUGACCCAAGUUCUUGGGGGGCACCUGAGUGACAAGAUUGGGGGAGAGAAAGUCAUUUUCCUCUCAGCAUUGACAUGGGGUCUAAUCACAGCCAUGACCCCCCUUGUUGCUCACGUGACCUCAGUCCCUCUAAUUCUGGUCAGUGUCCUCCGCUUCCUGAUGGGAUUGUUGCAAGGUGUCCAUUUUCCUGCUCUGGCGAGUCUCUUCUCUCAGCGGGUUCGCGAGACCGAGCGUGCCUUCACCUGCAGUACAGUCGGCAGUGGAUCUCAGCUUGGGACUCUGGUUAUGGGUGGAGCCGGCUCACUGUUGCUGGAGUGGUACGGCUGGGAGAGUGUUUUUUACUUUGCCGGAUUCCUCGCCUUACUCUGGGGGUACUGCCUGAGCACCUACCUACUAAAGGAGAAAGAGAGAAUUGUGACUGUUGAGGAUCUGAAGAAAUGUUUUGCCGGUUCUGCCCAGGCCAACGGUCAAUGGAAGAAAUUGUUCAGGAAAGCUCCUGUGUGGGCAGUGAUCCUGGCCCAGCUCUGUGUUGCCAGCACGGCUUUCACAAUCUUCUCCUGGAUGCCAACGUUCUUCAAGGAGAGGUUCCCGGAAUCCAAGGGCUGGGUAUUCAAUGUUGUUCCCUGGCUCUUUGCUAUACCCGCUGGCAUUCUGAGUGGGCUCCUGUCUGACCAUCUCAUCACCCAAGGUUAUCAGACAGUCUGGGUGCGGAAACUUAUGCAGAUCGUUGGGAUGGGAUUCUCUAGUGCGUUUAUCUUCUGCCUGGCUCACACCACCACUUAUCAUUAUGCAGUGGCUUUUGCCUCCGUGGCACUUGCACUACAGACUUUUAAUCACAGUGGUAUCACCGUUAAUGUGCAGGAUCUGGCCCCAACCUGUGCUGGCUUCCUUUUUGGUGUGGCCAAUACUGGAGGUGCUUUGCUGGGAGUGGUUUUGGUCUACCUGUCCGGUUACCUGAUUGAAACCACUGGGUCAUGGAGCUCCAUGUUCUACCUUGUGAUUGUGGUGAACCUGAUGGGCCUUGUUGUCUUCCUGGAGUUUGCCAAGUCAGAGCGAGUGGACACGGAGACCAUUCACGUGUAGGGGGGAGAUCCCACGGUUUACAAGUCAACAAAGCCCCUCUCAGGCCUGGGCAGAGGAUGGAAAGUGGAUUAAAGGCGAGUGGAGGGUCACCGAAAGCAGGAUGCAUCUCCACUCUCAGCAAGGUCAAACUACAGAUUUUACUUUGUGGCUGGAGGGCAGCGUUCUCCUUUGCUGGGGCAAUACACAGCCGGGAAAUUGUUCUCAACAGAGGUCAAUACAAAGGAAGGAAAACAAGUUAUGUUCUGAAGCAGCGUGAAGGGCAAUGGCACUAUGGUGGCCCUGGGGGCCAGUCUUGGGGACCAAUUUCAAGUGACAAUAUAUUAUUUAUUUAUUGCAAUACAAUACAUUCUUGCCGGCCCUUCAUUUCCAGAAAGUGUCAUCAUACAUAUUUAUUAUUUAUUUGCUCUGGUGAUUGCCAUUUAAGCAUUCUGAUUGGCUCAUAGCAUUUGGGCCACUCCUCAUGGAUGCUUUCCCUCUACUUUCCCUGCUUCUGAAGCUUUGCCCUCCAGCAAAGGCCGUUGGCACAAGCAGAUCAUUUCCUACCAGUCGCUAAUUUGAGUGGUGUAGCAGAACUUUUGUUUCACCUGUUGGUCAAUACAAGACAUUGCAACAAAACUUAACAAAAAACAAUGGCAGCUUCUGUGCCCAGAGAGACAAUCAAUCAAGAGCAAAUGUUCAAAGGGCAGAGACUGCAGUAUAUACAGAUCUAUAAUUUAUAUAUAUUUAAUAGCCAUAGAGCUCAGAUGUACCGUGGAAAAUAUUUUAUCCUAUUAAACAUGCACACAGGAUCCUCUAAUCAAGAUGCUGUAUGCACUUUCCUCA